GCCAGGCGCGUCAGUCGGAGCGCAAUUGUUGAUCAGAUCACAUCCAGCGGACUUUGCGCGAGAAAAGAGAGGAAGCCGAGAUUUAAGAGCGGGUUGUUUUGACUGCACACCGCUGUAUGUCUGUAGUAGCUGUGACUUUGGCUAAAACACUUUCCCUUCACUCCUCCGGGUUCUUUUUUUCUUUUUUUCUCUCGCACACUUUUUUACGCACAGCUUUGUCGGACGAUACGACCGUGUGGCAAUUCGGCGGUGGAGAUGUCUUUCCCGCAGCUAGGCUACCCGCAGUACUUAAGUGCCUCCCAGGCGGUGUACGGGAGUGAGAGACCGGGAGUGCUUACGCCUUCGUCCCGGGGAGGGAGCACUGAAAUCGGGGGAAGCCCGUCCGCCACAGCAGCGGCGGUCAGCUCGGUGUUGGGCAUGUACGCAAACCCGUACGCACACAACUACAGCGCUUUCUUACCUUACACCAGCGCGGACUUGGCUCUUUUCUCACAAAUGGGAUCCCAGUACGAGCUGAAGGACAGUCCUGGCGUCCAUCCUGGCAGCUUUGCAGCCCACACAUCUCCAGCCUUCUAUCCUUACGGCCAGUUUCAGUACGGGGACCCGGCCAGGCCCAAGAACGCCACCCGGGAGAGCACCAGCACCCUGAAAGCCUGGCUCAACGAGCACAGGAAGAACCCGUACCCGACCAAGGGGGAGAAGAUCAUGCUGGCCAUCAUCACCAAAAUGACGCUGACGCAGGUCUCCACGUGGUUCGCCAACGCCAGGAGGAGGCUCAAGAAGGAGAACAAGGUGACCUGGGGAAGCAGGAGCAAAGAGGACGGGGAGGACGGUAACUUGUUCGGCAGUGGAGACGAGGGGGAGAAAAACGAAGACGAGGAGGAGAUUGAUUUGGAGAGCAUAGAUAUAGACAAAAUCGACGACAAUGACGGGGAUCAGAGCAACGAGGACGAUGAUGACAGAUCAACGGAGGGGAGCAGGGACCACAGGGGCAGUGUCGGUGCGGGUGGAGAGUUGGACAGCUUGGAGAAAAGACGGGCCUUCGCCAUACAGGCCCAUGAGGCCUUUGACAAAUCUAAGAGCACAAUUUCAGUUCACCCAGGGAGUAAAGAGAACUCGGACGGCAACAACAACAACACCACAAGAGUCUUGUCCCCGGAUAGACCCGGGAGCUUUCCUCUCCCGUCUAACAAUAAGCCGAAAAUAUGGUCUUUAGCAGAGACCGCGACAAGUCCCGAUAGUUCUUCCCAGAAACCCACGUCCCCUUGUGGCCCAGGGGCCACCACUCUCUCAUCAGCGCCCCACCACCAGAUCCAGACCCACCCGGCCUUCCUCCCCAGUCAUGGACUGUACACUUGCCAGAUUGGAAAGUUCCACAACUGGACAAACGGGGCUUUCCUGGGUCAGAACUCCCUCCUAAAUGUAAGGUCGUUUCUGGGAGUAAACCAGCACCACCACCACCACUUGCAGGCCCAGCAACAGCCGACAUCAGUGGUGGUGUCGCCAUUAGCAGCCGCGGCAGCACUCAGCAAUGACAGCAAGGCCCCACCAGAGAGCCACAGUCCGAAGCACAUAGAGCACGAAAACGGUGUAAGGUCCGAUUCACCUCCAACACAGAUUCUGAAGUCUUCCUUUCGACCCAUCCAUGACAGAUCCUCUCUGCCUUCCAGCGCCAGGAGUCCACAAGACGCCACGCAACGAGUCCUCACUGCUCUCUCCUCGGCUUGAUCAAGACAUUUUUUCGUGCUUGAAAAAAAGAAAGGAUGAAUAGAAAAAAAAGACUGUAAAAGACUUUACACUCCCUAAAAAGGACACUGAGAAAUACUAAUGCAGCGUAGCAUUCAGUCGGUACAGAACAAAUGGCGUAAUUUGGUAAUAUCCUGUGGAUGGAUGGAUUACUUCCUCUAUUGUUGUGUAGCCUAUAAUCGCGCCUAUAAUGUUACUCUCUCACCACUCUGCCGAGGCAGGCUGGGACAUUUUGGUAGGCUUUUUACUUUGUAAUAAUUAUUAUUAUUAUUAUUAUUUUUGUCUCUAUCUUGUGUUUUUGGUGUCCUUUCUUUAAUGUAAAUACCAAGUGAUUUAAAUUUGUAAAUAGGAAGCGUUGAAGGAAUUUGUCCAGAUCGUAUAUUUUGCCUAAUAAACUAAAUGAAAUUAUAGACAAAACCCACGAGUAUCCUCAGCUUAUAUUUCUUUUCUACAUGGUAUUAUUAUUAUUAUUAUUUGUAUUAUUAUUAUUAUAAAAAGAAAAUGCUGGCCUUCUACCAAUUUCAUUUCAAAAAGGGUGUGAAUGGGAGAGAGAAAAAAGAUAUUGGCAGUGCGCAGCCAGCCUUAAUUUUAUUCAAGUUUGGGAGGAAAGCAGCGUGGAUGCAUUGAGGUGCUAAUAAGUGUCCAGAUGGUUGCUGGUGACAGAAAAUGGACAGGAGCAGCUGGGAAGGUCAUUAAGUAAUAAUAUGGGAACGCCCAGCCCAAACAAAAUCAAAUGGUUAAAAUCUAAUCUGUCAGAGAGCGAAGUCGAUUCAAAGAUAAAUUAUUAAUAUUUUAGUUUUGGGAGGAGGAGCGGGCUGACACUGUUGGCCUUGAGGAGCAGGGUCAGUGUUUUGGGGUCCUUUCUGUCCCGCGGCUGAUGGUGAUCGUUAGCCUAUGAAAGCAGCUUCUUUGCUCCUCAAUCGGUAACCAAAAACAAAUAUUGAUUUACCACAACAGUCUAAUGGGGUUUAAACAUAAUAAGACGGAAGUGAAGUAAUUAGCUGUGAUGGGAGAUGAUGCGAGCAUUUUUCUUUUCAUUACAAGAGCUUCCACAAAUAUUAUAGUAACGGUAAAUGUAACAUUUUUGUAAAAUGUGAUAGUUUUUGGUUAAUUAUAGUCUGGAUAAAACUCCACGCUUUUUUUUGUUUUUGUUUUUUUUUUGGUAAUCUAUUUAAAAAAUAAUUGAAGUUUAGUAGGAGUACAUGCUAGUUGUUUGAAUUAGGGCACCUUUGUAAAUGGCAGUAAUCUGCGAACUGAGGUCAAUUAUUUGAUUGGCCAAAACUUGUGGAGUGACAUAAGCACAUCUGUUUUGCAAUAUCACAGCGACCUCUAUAGGCGAGUAUUAUAUUGCUUGAAACAGCUUUCAGCCUCCAAAGAGCUAUAAAUCACGUGGAAAUACUUGUACAGUACAAGUUGUACUGUAACUGUAUUGUCGUGCAUAAUGCAGUAUGCUUUACAGUUUGAUUCAAACCCAUUAUACCUGACUGUAUUAUAUGUCACACAUCCCAGAGUAAUACAAAGAGCAAAACUAGAAGUCACUUUAUUUAUGGGAAUAGUGUGACACUAAAUUCACAUGAUAUAUCAUUGGAAAAUGUUUUAUUCGUUUGGGGCCGAAAUCAUCUUUAAUUUUCAAAUAUUAAUUUGCAAUAACAAAUCCACAGUUUGGGGCUUUAAUCGUAUUACCUCUUGAAAAACACAACUUCCAAAUGAAGUUAUUACAAAUAAUUGCACAAGUCUAAAACAUCACAGCAACUUGCAAAAGUGACUCAUCCUUUCUUUGAAUGCUUGGUAAACGUUGACUAGACCGUGUGGCAGUGGGGGACGUAUAUGAGCAUAAAUCUGUGUCACUUAAAUGGCCAUUCUCUAAAUAGUCACGCAGUUGAGGAAAAAUUAACAAAGGUCACUGAGGGUUUUGUUGAAAGGAGCGGGGUCAUUCCGCUUUUAUGGCUACAUUAACACAACUAAACUCACAACACAAAUACAUCAAAACACGCAAAUAGGGAAAUCUUAGUUCCAGAGCAUUCAACAGAGCGAAAAGGAAAAUAAUUUUACCGUAAUAGUCCGAGAAGGACGUUUAAUAUGACUGCGUCAAUAUUAACUCAACAGUCUUUUCUUUUUCUUUGCAGCCCUAACUCAAUUGGUAUAAAAACAUUACUAUGUGAAGAGAUAAAAAAAGUGUUCCAGCCCACAUCAGUAGAUAUCAGUCGUUGAAAAUUAG